CGCCGUGAGGACUGCGUGAGAGCACCGCCCCUUCCUGGCGGCCGCCAUGUUCCUGCAGAGGGCGCUGCGCCUGCAGGGCCGUUUUAGAAUGGGAAAUAGGCUGCCCACCUCUGUCGAGCUGUCUGAUGCUGCUGCUGUGAAUCAGAUCCAGGAGGUAAUCUCAGGCAACUGCGUGGUGAUUUUCUCUAAAACAACAUGCUUCUACUGCAGAAUGGCAAAAAAACUUUUUGAGGGUUUAAACGUCGAUUACACAGCUGUAGAACUGGAUGUGAAUAAAAAUGGAAGCCAGUUCCAAGACAUUCUUGAACAGAUGACGGGUGGCAGAACAGUCCCAAGAGUGUUUGUUAAUGGGACUUUUGUUGGAGGUGCUACAGAUACUCAAAGACUUCAUGAAGAAGGCAAGCUGCUCCCAUUAAUUAAUCAGUGUCAAGUGAAAACAAACUCUGGAACUACUAUUUAGCCUCAGUUAUCUUUUAUAUAAAAUGGGUAAAAAUUCAGACAAGUUAAAAAAAAUCACUAAGAUGUACUGCAACAGCUGGGCUUAAGCAGCUUCAGACUGUGCUUUUUUGAGUCUCAAGUGAUUCUCUGACACAGACUUCACCGAACUGACAAAUUUGUCUUCUUGCCUCAGCUUUACCACAACCACAGUGGCAGUUAACGUUAUGUAUCUCUUGGAACCCAGGUCUAAGAUAAUCAUGUCAUUUUUGUUACAUCCUCAUAAUAUGCCUCACACUAUCAACUGUACAGGAGUUAAAAGUUUUUAAGAAUCUUAGUGCCUGGGUGGUUUUUAUUUGUUUUCUGCACAUAAGUUUCAUUUCUGGUUUUGUUCCCACCGUUACACUGUAUGGUCAGUACAAUGGCUCUGUAGGGGGCCACAGAUCAAUUAUGAAGCAACAAAGUUGUAGUGAUGUUACUGUGUAAAACUUGUUGAAAGUUCUGCUACUUCUACACUACUUGUACUACUCAUUCAAGUGUUUUUGCCUCCUAUUAAAAGCAGUACCUAUA